AUGACUGUCAUCAGCGCGUGUAUCAUGAGCCGGCAGAAGCCGCUGCUUGCUCGCCAGUUCGUGGAGAUCUCCAAGGUCCGCAUUGAGGGUCUGAUGAAUGCUUUCCUCAAGCUCGUUGAGCACGCAGGGGCAGAUCACACGUACGUCGAGUCGGACUGCGUGCGCUACGUGUACCAGCCGCUGGAUAACGUUUACCUCGUUCUCAUCACCACUAAGCAGAGCAACAUUCUCGAGGAUCUGCAGACUCUGCGGGUCUUUGCCACCAUCGUGCAAGAUGCAUGCUCCCGAGAGGGUUUGAGCGGAGGCGUCAACGUGGAGCAGGUUGUCUUGGAGAACGCGUUUUCGAUUGUAUUCAUGGUGGACGAGUUGAUUUCAUUCGGCCUUCGCGAGGCGCUCACGCUCGCGCAGAUCCGGACGUUCACCGAUAUGGAUUCGCACGAAGAAAAGCUCCAGCGAAUCAUUCAGGAGGGCAAAGAGAAGGAGGAGAAGGAGCGCCGCCGGCAGAUCGCGCAGCGGCUGGACAAGGAGCGCGCGGCGAGCGCGAAGACCAAGCCGCCGUCGUCCCAGGGCCCCGACUCGUCUUUCCUUUCCUCUGCUUCCUCGCUCGUGUCUUCCCCUAACGUGCCCAGCCUGUCUGCGGCUGCAGACUACAUCAACAUGUACGGGGGGAGCCUCGAGAGCCUCGCGGCCCUGUCCUCUGCGAAUGCCCACGCGGGGCCCAGCGGCGCACGCCUCGACGGAGGAAGCGCCGCCCCGAGCGGCUACUACGGCGGAAGCGCCUGCGGCGCGGCCCCUGGAAGGGGCAUGCAGCUCGGGCCCCAGCGCGCGGCGCCCCUCUCAGGCGCCGGCCUCGACGCCGGCGCCCCGCACCCAGUAGUGGGGGUCGGGGCCUUUGGAGCCCAGGGCGCCACGGGCCCGGAGAGACAGGCCGGCGCCCCCGGCGCAGACGCUGCGCACCUCUUGGGCCCGCGCGCCGACGCCGACGAAGCCAGCGCGCUGGCAGCCGCGGUCGGUGGAGGCCCUGCAGGCGCGCCGACGAUGGUGAAUCCGCUCGUUGAACCCGUUCAGGCGCUGAUCGAGGAGAAGGUCAAAGGCACGUUGCAAGCUGAGGGAGGCGUCGAUGAACUCGACAUCCAAGGCACGUUCUUCGUCACGGUGUACGACCCCAACAAGGCAGGCCUCGCGGCAUUUAGGAUAUCUCCUGAGGAUCGCCGCUUCAAAACGAAAGUCCAUCCGAACAUGAACCGCGCAAGCUACGCGCAAAAUGUGCUUGAGCUCCGCGACCCCACGCGGGCCUACGCCCCCAGAACGCCCGCCGCCAUCCUCAAGUGGCGCCUGCAGACCAAGGACGAGGGGCUGUGCCCGAUGGCGAUCAGCUGCUGGCCGUCUGUGGCGCCGAACGGCGUGACGCUGACGGUGGAGGUCGAGGCCACAGAGCCGUCUCGCGUUCUCCACGACGUUCACUUCUCUUUUACCUGCCCAGGCAACGUUCCUCACCAGGUGCUUCGUGUGGAUGGAGGCGAAACGCAGCACGAUGGCAUGUCGCUCCACUGGCGGCUGCCGCAGAUGUCUGCUUCUGGCGAGCUCGCGACGGCGACGCUCGAGUUCUUCGCGGCGACAGACAUCAACACUGUUUUGCCUUUCUCUGCGGAGAUGCGUUCGACCGAGAGUAUCUGCGCCUUCGAUGUGCUUGAGUGCUACCACAUGGAGAAGGCAGAGCCGAUUGCGUACGCGCUCACGCGACGCACAGACUACAUGCUCACGAUUCGCGCAUAA